UGGCUGCAACUCGGUGCGCGCCGCUCGCUGGACUCCCUCGCCCCACAGCAUGGCCCCAGCUCGCCGCCUGCUGACCCUCGGGCUCUGCAUCGCCCUGUGCCUGUGGGGCACCGUGGCCCAGAAUAAUAGCGUACAAGGUACCACUGAGGACUGCAGCAACCAUGUGAUCUGCCCGUCAAACGCCAAGUGUGUAAACAACACCCACUGCACCUGCCUGGAUGGGUACUGGUCAGGAAAGAAUCGCCUCUUCACCGACGUAACGGAGAUCUGUGACGAUAUUAACGAGUGUCUGGAGCCGAGCCCGGCAGACUGUGGAGGCAACACAAACUGCUGCAACACGGCUGGGUCUUACUUCUGCACCUGCGUCAAUGGCUACGAGCCCCGCUCUGGGAAAACCAACUUCACACACGCGAGUGAGAACACCUGCCAGGAUAUUGACGAGUGUCGGGGCCCGAGCCCGGUAGACUGCGGACCCCACGCAAACUGCACCAACGUGCCUGGGAGUUACUCCUGCAGCUGCACCGAUGGCUACGAGCCCAGCUCUGGGAAAGCCAACUUCACACACGCGAGGGAGAACACCUGCCAAGACAUUGACGAGUGCCAGCGAAACGCCACAGUCUGUCAGCCCCAUGGGAACUGCAUCAACAUGCCAGGGAGUUACAGGUGUAAAUGCAGUUGGGGAUUUGGGAAGAGUCAAAGGGAUACCUCUAAGAUCUGCACAGACAUCGACGAGUGCCGCACGAUCCCAGAUAUCUGCGGCCCCAACGCCACGUGUAUCAACACUAUAGGGAGCUACCAGUGUGAGUGCCGGGCCGGCUACGUCCCCUCCAACAGGAACACGACCCUGUGCAAAGACAUCGACGAGUGCCGCACGAUCCCAGAUAUCUGCAGCCCCAACGCCACGUAUAUCAACACUAACGGGAGCUACCGGUGUGAGUACCGGGCCGGCUACGUCCCCUCCAACAGGAACACGACCCUGUGCCAAGACAUCGACGAGUGCCGCACGAUCCCAGAUAUCUGCGGCCCCAACGCCACGUGUAUCAACACUAUAGGGAGCUACCGGUGUGAGUGCCGGGCCGGCUACGUCCCCUCCAACAGGAACACGACCCUGUGCAAAGACAUCGACGAGUGCCGCAAGACCCCAGAUAUCUGCAGCCCCAACGCCACGUAUAUCAACACUAACGGGAGCUACCGGUGUGAGUACCGGGCCGGCUACGUCCCCUCCAACAGGAACACGACCCUGUGCCAAGACAUCGACGAGUGCUGCACGAUCCCAGAUAUCUGCGGCCCCAACGCCACGUGUAUCAACACUAUAGGGAGCUACCGGUGUGAGUUCUGGGCCGGCUACGUCCCCUCCAACAGGUGCCAAGAGCUCACCUGCCCAACGCUGCUGGAUGAUGACAACUCUGCAGAAGCCAAGAACCUCCUGGGGAGCUUCCAGGCCCAGGCGGGAAGCCUCUGCAGGGCGGCACUGGAGGAGCUGAAGCAGAUGAAGGUUCAGAGCGCUGAGCCUGUGAAGAGGCAGCUGAAGGGCUUCUUGGACAUUCUGGAGAAGGGGAUAAAUGUGGUUGGGCAGCAGAGCGAGAGCAUGGAGUGGAGACACCAGGCUGCAACGAAGCUGAUGGCCAUAGUGGAGAAGCUGCUGAGAUUGCUGGCCCUGACCCUGCCUGAGAGCAUGAUCAGCAUCACGUCCACCAAUGGCACAGAGCUGGGGCUGGCGGUCAGGAAGGCUGGGGUCCAGAGCCAGGAGACCGUGACGCUGCAGCAGAGCAAGACGCAGAUGGAAUUAAAGUGGGCCGGAGCCCCAGGGCAGGAAAAUAAAGGCUUCACCCUGGCCUGGCUGCUGACCUACCAGGGGAUGAGCCCCAUCCUGGACGGUGCUGCGCGGGUGGAGGUGCCCGAGUGGGACAAGAUCGGCCAGACGGGGAAGUGGGCGCAGGAACGGGGGCGGCCCAGCUACCGGGUGCUGUCUCCAGUGGUGUCGGCCUUCGUCAGUGACCUGGACACCCAGGCACUCAACCUCUCCGUCAGCCUCCGCUUCAGCCACCCGGUGCCGGAGAAGAAGGCCGACCUGCGCCUCCUCUGUGCCUACUGGGAGACCAGCACCAGGCGCUGGGGCACCCGCGGCUGCAACCUGCAGAAGUUGAAUGCCACCACCACCCGCUGCCAGUGCAGCCACCUGACCAGCUUCGCCGUGCUCAUGGCCUUCUACGAGCUGGAGGACUGGACCCUGGACAUCAUCACCAAGGUGGGGCUGGUGAUCUCGCUGCUGUGCCUGCUGCUCUCCAUCAUCACCUUCCUCUUCUGCCGCGCCCUCAAGGGCCCCCGCACCACCAUCCACCUGCACCUCUGCCUGGCGCUCUUCAUCGCCUACGCCGUCUUCCUCACCGGCUCCUCCAGCACCGGCAACCGGGUGGUGUGCGGCGUGGUGGCCGGGCUCCUGCAUUACUUCUUCCUGGCCGCCUUCUGCUGGAUGUGCCUGGAGGGCGCCGAACUCUACCUGCUGGUGGUUCAGGUCUUCACCCCCCACGGCCUCCGGCGCCAUUACAUGUUCCUGCUGGGCUACGGCGUGCCGGCCCUCGUCGUGGGCCUCUCGGCCGCCAGCUACCACAAGGGCUACGGCACGGCGCGCCACUGCUGGCUCUCGCUGAACAACAACUUCAUUUGGAGCUUCCUGGCACCCGUCUGCAUCAUCAUCGCGGUCAACGCCGUGAUCUUCGUGGUCACCGUCUGGAAGCUGUCCCUGAAAUUCGCGGACAUCAACCCUGACAUGAGCCAGCUGAAGAAGCUCAGGGUGCUCACCAUCACGGCCAUUGCCCAGCUCUGCAUCCUGGGCACCACCUGGAUCUUCGGCAUGUUCCAGUUCAACCAGCGCAGCCUGGUCGUCUCCUACAUCUUCACCAUCCUCAACAGCCUGCAGGGGCUCUUCAUCUUCCUGCUGCACUGUCUGCUCAAGCAACAGGUGAGGGACGAGUACCGCAGGUGGCUGAGGUGCGGUGGCCUCAAGGGACCGGCCAAGUACUCGGAGUUCAGCAGCUCGACCACCACACGGCAGGGGCUCCAGCCUUCGCAGGAGUCAGGGUUGUAGCACUCUUGCGCUCAGCCCAUUUCUGGACAACGCAGCUUUGCACGUGAGAAAACCCGGCCCCCUGCCCCUGGCCUGGCCGGGCCCGUGAGGAGCCCCACCACGCACCUGGACUCGCCGCACGCAGAUGCUUCAACGGUUGCCCAGUGGAACCUGCCAGGCAGCGGGGGGCACCAUUACACUGCCCAGCUGCCCCCACCUGCUGGUCACUCGCACCAGCCCCAGGCCUGCGUGCAGCGGCCAGGGGGGCAGCCGCUUGGCUCCCACGCGAUGUACUCUGGCCACCCGGGGGCACCUUUUCCUUUGGUACGAACGGUUCCCUCUCCCCGCCUGCGGCACCACGAUGGGCUGGGCCGAGUGCAUGCAGUGGAGAUGAAUCCAGCCAGCUGUGAUGAACCCUCCACCCAGGGUCUGCAGCAUCAGCCACUGCCCUUGGCUUCGAUGACGGUACCACACGGCCUGAGCUGCAGGAGGCAAGCAGCGGCCCCCAGGGCUCGGCUGUCUGUGUCUCAGGGGUGACACUUUUUUUUAAAAUGAUCUUUUUAAAGUUAUUAAAAUAAGUUUGUGACAAAAACA